AUGGAUUUCUCACGCCUCCAAAGACUCUCAAUGAGAUUGAACGAAUUGGACGAGCAAUGGAGUAAGUUUGACUCUGUACAAGCCGAGCGAGAGGCAGAAAUCCGUCGACCGGCCAAGCAUAUCGAUGUGAUGUCCAACAAGGAGUACGAUAGAAUCCAGGACGCUAAAGGCUAUGUCCAGGAGAGGAUCCACGAGCUUGUUGCUAUUCGAAAGCUACAACUUGAAACGACCAAAGAUCUCGUUUACCGUUUCUUUGGCGGAAAAUAUGAGAAUUACGACAAGGAGAUCAUGAAUAUAGCAGACGGUAUCAGUGCCUCGCUAGUGCUGCGAUGCCAGGCAAGGACCAAUCCUUUCUUCAAAUAUGCUGUCCCUACGAGGCAAGGGCUUGAUGAAUCAGGAAAACCUAUAAAACUGCCAGAGCUCACCAAAGAACAGCUUGAAGAAGCUGCCAAAAUCAUGAAAGAAAUGAAAAAGGAAUAUGGACAGUCAAUGGGAAACGGACCUUCACACUCAGUCGAUAGUGUUCACGAGCCUUCUUUACCAAAGGCUACGAUGGACCAAUUUGAAAAGGACUUCAAAGCAGGGGAAUAUCCAUCAGAAACUGAGAAAAAGGUCCUCGAGGACUACUUUGCCAAUGAAACUGCACAAAAAGCAAUGAAGGCUCUACUCUCUGAAUGUGCACUGUGGUUUCAGGGUCUCGCAGAGAUAUUAAUCAAGGUUAUCCGGGCCGCCGAUGAAUAUGUUCCCGAAAAUGCAAAGGAUCAACAGCCAGUACCUAGAGAGCAAUUCAAUGAACAGUUGGAAAAAGGGAGGAAUGAAGUGGGUGAUUUCCAGAGGCGUGUCUCAGACUACUUCAAGUAA